AUGAGCUCUUCCAAUCUUAAUAAUCCUCAUCCAUCCUAUCUUUCUCAACACCGAAACAGUAUUGGUUCGGAUUCUCAACGUAAUGCUUCUCAUAACCACAAUUCUGUAGAAUAUUUUGGACAUCAUUAUGCCAAGAGCGAGGAAGAGUACAAAUAUGAAAUGAUGGCCCUUAGAAACAUUCCUCACAAAACCACUUCUCAAUUGGUAGAUCAAAUGGAUUGUGUCAAACAUGUUGUCAAUAUGCAGCAACAUGGCUCCUCUCGAGCGAAAAACAGCAGUAGUGCCAACCAUUCACACUCAAACCCAACUUCUUCCCAACGGAGAAGCACGGGAAACCUGAACGAAUUGAUCACUUCUCCAAAACAGCAACACUCAGCUCAUCAUCCUCAGGAUCACCACCAGCAUCAUAAACCAUCUUCAGAUCACAAAUCUCCAAGCAAGAAACACUGA